GCAGAGAGAGGGAGACAGGCACACGGCUAGGGUGAGCGCUGAGUCCGCCCGCAUCACACUGACUGAGUGUCCUCUACAGCGCUCAGCAAACAGGAUACAACUUGGCUCUUACUCAGUGCAUUCAGCCCCUAAACGGAUCAUGCCUGCUGACACUAUGGAGAAGCCCACCGCAUCCCCCAUUGCAGGGGCUCCUGCCAGCUCCGCACAGACCCCAGACAAGCCUAAGAGUGCCAGUGAGCAUAGAAAGGUAAAUCAGCAGCUGCUACCCCUGGCCUGGCGACAUUGCCCUGAGCCCCCUGGGCUGGCAUGGUGGCAUUGCCCUGAGCCCCCUGGGCUGGCAUGGUGGCAUUGCCCUGAGCCCCCUGGGCUGGCAUGGUGGCAUUUCCCUGAGCCCCCUGGAAUGGCAUGAUGGCAUUGCCCUGAGCCCCUAGGCUGACAUGGUGGCCUUGCCCUAAAUCCCUGGGCUAACAUGGUGGCAUUGCCCCUAACCCCUGGGCUGACAUGGUGGCAUUGCCCUGAGCCCCUGGUAUGGUGGCAUUGCCCUGAUCCCUGGAUGCCGUGUCUUGGUGCUUAUCCUCUGUCUUGUCUCUGUUUUACAGUCCUCCAAACCUAUCAUGGAGAAGCGCCGGAGAGCUCGGAUCAAUGAGAGCCUGGGACAGCUAAAGACACUCAUCUUGGACGCCCUCAAAAAAGAUGUAAGUUCCCGGCUCAGAAUGCUGCUGAUACAUUGUAUCCCGAAACGUUCCUUUUCCUGCUUAACCGUUUCAUCUUUCCUGGAAGUCAUCGUUGCCUGUUAAUGAUUUAUUGACAAGCUGUCACUUACAAACUGCAUGUGCCCCUUCUAAUUAUCAGUUGGAAAUAACAUCUGCCCCUCCUCAGAUUACGUUAAUAUUUCUGAUCUUCCUGUGAAUGCCCAUGCAUUGAUGUAUGUAAGUGCCCUUUGCUCCAGCAUUGAUCUUGGCAUAUCUACUUAAAAUUACAUAUGUUCCUUAUAUUGCCCCUUACCCAUGCUCAUCUGCUCCCCAGUGCCACACUGGGCUCUGUAUUGGUAUUAGUGCCAAUGUAACUUCUGAUUACAUUUAGUCCAUUUAAAUCUCCCCUAAUCUCCUUGUUCAUGCUCCUUGCUUUCCUGCUGAUGCUGACUGACCUGGGGCUAAUGAUUGAUUUUAUUUCUGCAGAGCUCCAGACACUCAAAGCUUGAGAAGGCUGAUAUCCUAGAGAUGACAGUGAAACAUCUGCGAAACCUGCAGCGUGUCCAAAUGACAGGUAUGUAACCAACACAGCAUUGCUUAUUAUAUGCAUGCAUCUUUAUGUGGGUCAUUUAAAAAAAAAAAUAAUAAUAUAGAUUGCUCUUGCGAAAAAAGUAAUGCUGUUUAAUUGAUAAGCUUCGACACACCUACACAGAGAAUGUAUAGUGUGGGCAGUUUAGUGAAUUGUAUUUAUUAUUCCAGCAUUCUUUAGUUUUAAUGCAACAUGCUAUAAAUCCAAUUAAAGGGCUCUUACUGUGUGACCUAAAGUUUAUUUGUACAUAUAGUCGUUUAAUGUAAGCUCAUGGAGCAGGGCCCUCCUCCCCUCUGUUCCUGUACGUCCAGUUGUCUGGUUAUAAUUACAUGUCUGUUAGUCCACCCAUUGUACAGCGCUACGGAAUCUGAUGGCGCUAUAUAAAUAAUAAAAUAAUAACAAUGAUUAACAUAUUUCUGUAACGAUGUGUAAUACUAUACUGUUCUAAACACAUUUUUUGUUAUUCCCUAUAGCUGCUCUGACAGCUGAUCCAUCCGUCCUUGGCAAAUACAGAGCUGGGUUCAAUGAGUGCAUGAAUGAAGUGACAAGAUUCCUCUCCACAUGUGAGGGCGUCAAUACAGAAGUCAGGACCCGUCUUCUUGGACAUCUCUCUGGCUGUUUAGGUCAAAUAGUGGCCAUGAACUACCAACAACCAACCUCAAACCAGCCUCUGCAUGUCCAACUGCCCUCUGCACCUGGGGCUCCCACUCAAGUCCCAAUUCCUUGCAAGAUGAAUCCAUCGGAGUCAGUCUCACCUAAGGUGUUUCAGGGAGGUUUCCAAUUGGUGCCAGCUACUGAUGGACAAUUUGCCUUCCUCAUCCCUAACCCAGCCUAUGCCUCCAGCCCUGGGCCUGUCAUCCCACUGUAUGCCAACAACAAUGUCACAUCUAGUGGGGGACCACAAGGACAAUCCCCUGUGCAAGGGAUAACCACAUUCACUCACAAGCUGCCUCAUAUGCCACAGUCCAUUAGUCCUCUUGGAGGCGGCAGUGGGCCAGACUGCACAGAGUCAGUAUGGAGACCCUGGUAAAGAGUACCAGAUAUAAGACUGAAUAUUGGUUCCGUUAUAGGGACCUUGCCUUAGAGACAAUCUGCACAAAUAUAUUUAUUUCAAGAUAUGGGGAUGCUUCUCUUUUUAAUUUUAAUUAUUAAAACCAUGUACCCAUUGUUUUGUAAUAAAGCUCUUAUUCUGAGAUGGUUUUUAGUUUUGUACACUUCGUACAAAAAAAAUGUGUAAUGCCAAAGUUAUUGUGUUGGUUUUUGUGUCAAAAACUUUCCAAAAACAUGCAGGAGUUUUCCAAAAUAAACUCUUUAAAUUAAAAACAAAAAAAUUGUGUUUUUAUUUUGAAUGUGCAAUAUCCUGUGUGUAUGUACUUGCUCACACAUUUCACUGAUGUAACUUGAUAACAAAGGUUGUUUUGUUUUUUUUGUUUUUCCUUCUAAUUUGUAAGGCACCAAUACAUUGCAAAAAAUGUUUUAACCCCUGUCAGCAUCCUUAAUAUUCCAUGCUAGCUAUUUAACAUAGUGUUUCAUUGUGAUGGGGGGAGAUUUGCAUGUGGCAAAUCAAAAGGAAAAUCACUAUGUAAGUAACCCUUUCAACACAAAAUACCACAUUUAUGUAUAUGUGCAAC